UUCUUUUUGAAGGCUGUUUUACCCAGAGCUAUUAAUUAUUAACUGGGAUUGCAAACAUCAAAGAGGCAGACUCAGACAAAACUAAAUGGGCUACAAGCCUAGCAUAAUGUAACAAGCGGAGAGAUAUGGGAGAGCCAGUUCUCUCUGCUUAUUUUUGAUCAAGAACUAUAUCAUAUUAGACAUUGCAAACAUUUGAACUGUGAUUCAAAAAAAAUUUGAGGCUACUGAUUGAUCUCGGAAAUAUAGGGCUACAUCAAAGCCAAAAGGGUUUAGUAGAAUUAUUUAGCCUAUAUUUUUCUUAAUUUUUUUGGCUUUGCCUUCUUUCUGGACAGACUGAACAGGGCACUUUUGCAAAUCUGUCAUUUGGCAGUGUCACAUUAGUCAUUGAUCUGCUGCAAUGUUAUUUUAGGCGAUUUUAAGAGAAAUUGCCGCCACGUACGAAAGUGAGGUCCAUCGUCUCAAAUAAACAGGCAGUUGUCAAAGGCCUUGGUUCAUUCCGCAAGAGCGUUUGUUUGCCAUCAGGAAAGUCGCUAUGUGUCAUUCUGGAAUUUGCUCGUCAUAACAGAUGGGAACGGUGUCUCUCAAAUUCAUUCAUUUCUGAUUAUUACACACACCAUGUGUUCUGCUAAAGUCGACGAGAUCGCCACGUCAAUUCAAAGUGUUUGGAUUUGAAUCAGGAGACGCAGAGCUCCACAUCCACUACAAAUACAUUUCAUUACAUUUAUUUGGCAGACGCUUUUAUCCGACACGACGUUCAGUAAGUGCACACCGAAGGUCAUUCCCUUGACUGGUGCAAGGACACAUGGAUAUUGUAGAGUAACCCCAAGCAUUUGUAAUUAUCUUGGAAAUGCACUAAAUUGGCGGUGUUCGACCUCACAAUUUUCAUGAAGACUUCUGCAAAUAUUUGCCUCUGAGGAGAUGGUGUUACAGUGCUGUUGUGGCUGGGCCUCAAGGAUUUCUAUGAUAUUUUUAGAUUUUUCUAUCUAAAAAUAUUAUUUCUUUGUAAAACAAUAUUAUUUCUGCAUUAGGAAAAAAAAAACUCCUCUAUCAUCACUUGGAGGUAGGAAAUAUGACCUUUCUUUGAUUUGAAUUCCCAUUCUCGUUCUUGUGCAUCUGCUUAAAUAUGCCCAGUGGAACUGUUCAUAUUCCAAGUAUUUUUUCCCCCUAACAGCAGUUUAAAAUAUCAGGAACUGAAUUUGUUCUUGCAAUGUUCAGCUGAUACUUGGCAUUCAAAUGCAUGCUGUAGCCUACCUUCAUUAAUGAGAAACAUUACAUUUGCAGGAAAUCCUAACAAGGCUGUAGGCUAGAGCAUAUGUAAAAAAAAAUAAUAAUAAAGAAAAAGUGUUUAGAUAGCUGGAACAAAAUGUCAAAAUAUUUGCAUUUAAGAGAACCCAUCCUGUUAAUGAGCUUAAAAUAUUACUGAAAUCGUGAGCAUAUAGAAUAACCACAGGGUUUCUCAAAGGAGUACAAUUAUAAAAUGUAUUUUGGAUGUCAAGAGUGGGUGGAGUCAGACAGUAGGCCUAUAAAGUUAUUUUCCUUUAAAAGUGUCAUCUGAUUAGAUUCUUGACUGGAUUUUAAAAUAUUGGCCACACUUUGAAGUCUAGACUUCUGAGACAUGGCAUACAGAAGAACGUACGAUUUGUGGGUCUGAUAUGGUUGAUGAAUCAACGGUCAUUAUGAAAUGAAAGAUAUGAAAUGGGGGGAAAUUGCUUUUAAUUUUAUUUCAAAUCCGAUAAUUCACUGUAUGUUAAAUAUUUCAGAGUUCAAGAGGAGUGUUUGAAUUUGUGAGAUUUCUUGCCAUGCCAGAUUCACUGGGCUCCUAAUUGUAGCAUAGCGGCCGUAAUAAACAGCUGAUCGGACACCUUGCAUUAUCCAAGCGAUUUAAUUUAUGUGAAACGGGGGGAGCGGUCAUUAUAAUAAAUGUAAAUUUCUAAGGCUAUAAUGGAAUUCAAAAGUGUGACGUAUUAGGUUUUGUACAAAUAAGUACAUUUACAUUACCGCGUUUGUCCCAAAAGUCCACGUAAUUUUUUGCCACGUUGUUUUCCAACGCGUCAUCUAGUAAACGGCGUUCUGAAGUGUCGGAAUGGCCUUUUUUCCUCAUGAGUGGAACUUAUCCGAGGCGCCGUAACGAAACGUGACCAAUGGAAAUGAUUGAUUCGAUAUGCGUCCUGACAGCGAGCGAGGUCCAUUGUGACGCGUAAGUCCUCCCGCGAGCCAAUGCACAGAGAUACGCGGGAGCUGCCCCCCCCCCUCUCUUCCGCCGUUUAACUGGCAGCUCAUUUAAACCUGUCCGUACAGUCGCGGGGGAAAAAAAGGGUUCCUACGCACAAAUUGCUUCCUCUCCGAACCCUGUAAUAACACAGCCUCUGUGCUGUGUUUUCAGACCACAGGCUUCCUUUUGCCAAUAUUGAGGUGGGAGUAGAUGGAAGAUGGCCAGCAGGCUAAUAAAUGGGAAUCUGCAUCAAACAUGGCGCAAACUAUUUGUUUUAUCCCAUCUUUUUUCUGUCUUUCCCUGGUGGAGCGAUUGUGGAUUUAUUUCCCCCCCCUCCUCCUCCUCCUCCAUUUCCCAACCUGUUUGUGAGAGACUUGUACUGAGAGUUGUGUAUCAGUUUCACAGAGCCAGCUUCAGGUCGUUUAAGUGCAGGCCCUGCGUUUUCUUCAGCCACACCCAUACGCGGGAUAUAUAGGCCUACGCUCACGCUAUAUUAAAGUUAAGUACAGCCUAAAGCUGUAGUCUCCUAUGCAAUCCAAAUUCAAGUCAUUUCCUGUGAGGUUGCCGUGUAUCCAAAUACUUUUUUUGGUUGUUGGACCAAGAAAAAAAGAAAUGAAACUUGCAUAUGAUAAUUAGGCAUUGCUUGCAAUCAUUACCUGGCGUUAAAAAGGCCUCAUAAGCCCUCAUUAUUUCCCGAAUAAACUUUUCUGUCUUCCUGUAAUGGAAACGUGGAUAUAAAAGGGGUAAAGCCCAGAGAGGUGCAUGCUGGGAUUUUUUCAGUGACGCUAUCAGGGUGCUGGUGUACACGACUGCAGAACUAUGAACCUUUUUGUAUCGCGGUGCAGAUUAAAUAGCAGCGUAGCGCGCGGGUGUUUCUCUACCAUGUCAGGGAAGCGUCCUUGAUUGGGCCUGCUCAAUUUCUCAUGAGCACGCUAGCAUGAUUAUGCAGAGCCAUUGCAUUGGCCCCUUUGAUCUUGCUUUUUAAAAUAACAAUUGGUGGGAUGAGACCAGGAAGCCCAGUAAUUCCAGAAUGAACUUGAUCCAGACCGCCUAUCGCACGCUUCCAAAAAAGCAAUAUGGCCGACGGAGGGGAAGAAAACAGCUGAGUGCGGGUUUAUAAGCUGUCGACACGGAAGCCGGGUGCUCUGAGGCACUGUAUAAAAUAUAUUACUCACUUGCAGGGACUAUAUUAAACCUGCGCCAAAGUUCCUCUGGUUGAAAGAAUCGGGCGGUUGACCACUCUGAAGUUUUUGUCUGUGAUAUGAGAAGGCCCUCUAGUGGGAAAGGAGUGAAGUGGCAGACUUCUGGAGAGGGAUCACGCUGUACUGUGCUAAUGAUUACACAACCGCACUCAGAACCUGCUAAGAGAGCGGUUCAGAGGGGUGCAACUGCGGUCAUCUUCGACGUGUCCGAAAACCCGGAUGCCAUCGAUCAGCUGAACCAGGUCGCGGAGGACCCCCUGAAGAGGCCGGUGGUGUAUGUGAAGGGCGGGGACGCCAUGAGGCUGAUGAACAUCGUCAACAAGCAGAAGGUCGCCCGGGCCAGGAUACAGCACAAGCCGCCGAGGCAGCCCACGGAGUACUUUGACAUGGGCAUCUUCCUGGCCUUCUUCGUGGUGGUCUCCCUCGUCUGCCUCGUCCUGCUCAUCAAGAUCAAGCUGAAGCAGCGGCGGAGCCAGAGCUCCAUGAACAGGAUGGCGAUCCAGGCGCUGGAGAAGAUGGAGACGCGCAAGUUCAAGGCCAAGAGCAAGGGCCACCGCGAGAGCAGCUGCGCCGCCUCCGACUCGCUGAGCUGCAGCUCCUCCUCCGACUGCGCCAUCUGCCUGGAGAAGUACAUCGACGGGGAGGAGCUGAGGGUCAUCCCGUGUGCCCACCGGUUCCAUAAGAAGUGUGUGGAUCCCUGGCUGCUCCAGCACCACACCUGCCCCCACUGCAGACACAACAUCAUCGAGCAAAAGAAGGGGAACCCCGGUCCGGUCUGCAUGGACCCGGGGAACCCGGUCCACAGCCGGCAGCAGCGGGUGGUCCUGCCCGUCCACUACCCGGGACGGGUGCACCGGGCGGGGCCGGUGACGGCGUACCCCACCCGCACCAGCAUGGACCCCCACGGCAACCCCAUCACCGUGCUGACGGUGGACCAGCACCCCGAGCCGGGCCUCUACCCGCCGCAGUCCUCGGCCUUCAUCCGCGGCUACCCGCCCAUCCACCUGGACCACGCCCUCAACCCCGCCCACCACUGCGGCCUGGAGCACCGCGGCCCCGCCUACCCCCAGCCCCACGGCUUCAAGCGGCCCAAGUUCCACGGGGGGCGGAGCUUCUCCCGGGCCGCCUGCUUCUCCCAGUACGAGACCAUGUACCAGCACUACUACUUCCAGGGCCUGACCUUCCCGCAGGCUCCCGAGGGCCAGCCGGGGGCCGGGCCCCACAAGGGCCACCACGGCGGGCGGACUUUCCAGCAGGGCCUGCUGUACCCGGCCGUGGUGCACAUGGCGCCCGCCUCCUCGUCCCGCCUGGGCGAGGCGGGCAGCGCGUCCGGGUUCAGCUGUUACCACGGACACCGGUCGGUGUGCAGCGGCUACCUGGCGGACUGCCCCGGCAGCGACAGCAGCAGCAGCAGCAGCUCGGGCCAGUGCCACUGCUCGUCCAGCGACUCCAUGCUGGACUGCACCGAGGUCAGCAACCAGGGCGUCUACGGCAGCUGCUCCACCUUCCGCAGCUCGCUGAGCAGCGACUACGACCCCUACGUCUACCGCAGCCGCAGCCCCUGCCGGGGGUCCGGCGGCGAGGGGGCGGGGGCGGGGUCCGGCUGCCCCACCGCCCCAGGCCCCGCCCCCGGCCCCGCCCCCUCGGCGGACGACCUGCCCCCCUCGGGGGCGCCCACCCCCGGCCAGGACUGCCUCCAGGCCUCGGGGGACCAGCUGUCCGGCUGCGGCCUGGAGCCCGGGUGCAGCGGCUGCCCUUCGCUGGAAGCCAGGGAAACCAGCACCACUACCUCACCCGGGCCCCUAGAGGGCGCCGGAGCGGACCUCCGGAGCCGGGGCAGGGCGCAGGAGGAGGGGGCAGCGGCGGCGGCCGACCAGCAGGGGGCAGCGUCCUACAGCUGCUGCUUCGAGGUCCCGCCCGCCUCCUCGGAGGGCGUGGCCCAGGGGCAGGAUUUGGGCGGGGCCUCCUUCCUGGCGGGACGUCGCUGCGCGCGGGGGGCGGAGGCGCGGUCGCCGGGCUCGCGGAACUCGUACGGCGCGGGCGCGGACCACGCGGCCUGCCCCCCGGAGGCGGCGGGAGGCUACGACGCCCUGCCCUGCUGCUUCUACAAGGAGCUGCGCGUGCGCAGGGGGAGCGGGGCGCGCUACCCGGAGGACUGCGCAGUCAACGUGCAGUAUGCGCAGACGGACGCCGCCGAGCCGCAGGGCCGCUGCGAGCUCGGCCAGCGCAUACCCAUAAUCCCCGAGGACACGGACUGCGAGAUGGGCCUGGGCCCCGGGCCUGGCCCGCAGGCAAGCCUGCUGCCGGCGGGGGGCGGCGGAGACGAGGGGGGGCGGACUGGGGAGAGGGAGGAGCCCCGAGAGCUGCGCUUCCCCCCGGGGCAGUUCAGAGGUCAAACGUUUCUGCACGAGGAGGAGGAGGUGCACGCGCUCUUCCGCGCCCAGUGCCCCAGUUUCCACGAAGCACAGGGAAACGGCAAAGCUGCAGGGUCAGGACCAUUGCAACCUAUGGAGAAAGACUGUGUAGCAAAGCCCAGCUUGUGAUCUUCUCAUGUUCGGAUAUACGGGAAUUGCUGAUUUUUUUUUUUGUUGUUGUUUAUUUUAAUAUUAUUAAGACUCCAAUUUGAGCAAGACUUUUGAGGGUGUUUUUAUAAUAUAUUCUUAUUUAAAAAAAAAGGAUGCAUGUGUGUACAUGCAUAUGUAUGUGUGUAUGGAAUAUUAAGCUUCAACAAACAGAAAAAAGUGGUCAUUUGGAGAGCUACCAAAACGCAUUUUUCAUUUUACAACCACCCAACUCCCCGCCCCCCUCACUGUGACCGCCAUUGAUCUUGCCAACCGGAGAACCAACUUUACCUGUUCUCUUCUUUUCGGCCGGAUCUAGCCCACACCUGACUCUGCUCUGUGGGUGGUCUCUACCUGGCCACACCCCUCCCCCCCACCCCCCCCACUCUCAGGACAAAUCUGCUUUUUAAGAUGGUGGCUCUCUUGUGUUCUCGGCACUCUGGGAGUUGAGCUAUUUGGGUUGAAGUGAGGUUUGAGUGAACUUGGCUCAUUUACAAGUUUAGACCAUCCUCUUUGCAUGGAAAAGCUUCUCCUUCAACCCGCAAUACCUCCUCUUAUUAACGUAUGUACUUACACAGUCAAUUCAACAGCCCCUAACCACUUCUUGUGUACGGUGCACUUGUUCUCACAUAAGCAGUUUCUCGAAGGCAAUUUUUACACUCUUGUGUGUCAGGAAAAGGCCAAAGUAAAGUUUGUCGGGAGAGAUCUGAAUUCAACCUAAUCUCCCCCAACAGUGUGUUUUGGAGUGAAAAGAAGCAAAAUAAUGCUCCGAUUUUGUACUCUCACAAAUCUGAUGUUGUCAAUAUGCCUUUUGUUUGUUUUACAGACGGUUUUAUACUGUUUCUAUGAAAUGUUUCCAUACUGCUAAGAGUCUACAGUUUUAAAAUAACCCUAUUUAUAUGUGGACAAUAACCCAGAGGUGUAUAUCAUGAACAUGAGAAUCUAAUCUGCCUUUACAUAGAGAUCUAUACCCCGGAUGGCAUUUUUGGGGUACUUGAGUCACUAUUUAAUUUUUUUUAUCAUUUGUAGCACUUAAAAAGGAUUGUAUAAAAAGAAAACUCGGUGUACAAAAAUUAAUAUUUUUUAAUUUUCUAAAUAUAAUUAUCCAUCAUUACCAUUCUACAAUGUUUAAAAGGCUAGAAAUCAAUCUGUGUAUAUUUCUGUAUCUGUAUAACAGCACAUUUCAUUUAUGGAAAUAUGUUCUCUGAAUAUUUAUUUACUAAUAUAUUUAUCUCUAAGCCAUGUCUUAUGUUCAGAGUGUAUGAAUGUUUGAGGUUUUUUUUGUUUUGUUUUUUUUUUUCAGAAAUCACUAACAUGAGACUUUGUAAAUACAUGGUAAUUGCACACAAAGAUUAAAUAUACUCUGACCAAAAACUGAUUUAAAAAUUUUAGUACCAUACAGUUUUGUAACAAAGUGUACAAAGUUCUGUAAAAAAUAUACAGUUUUAUUCAAGUAUAUCAAAA